CCACCAUGGAUUGUAGACCAACAAGAUGAGGGAUCUUUUCGGUCCUCCCCGAUCAUCCGAUGUGCAGCUUUGGUUUGAUUCUCAGGAAUCUGCAUUGAUGGAUGAGGAAACGUAUAAGGAUUUGAUAGAAAAGACUUUCGAUGGUACAUUGCCGCCACCGGAAGAUAUGAACGCAUUGAAUACAGAAGAGAAAUAUGAUAUACUUCCGGAGUCCAUGUAUAUCCCUCCGGGAAAGAGAUUAAAAAGUCAAACGGAAGAAGAUGACGAUAUUUAUUAUUCACAUGGGUACGCCAAUUAUUUAGGCCCUCAAUUAAAUUUCCAGUAUACCUUGGCAGAGAAUGGUGGACAGGAUUGGUCGUACUCUCAAAAAUCGAAAAGAGUAUUUCUAAAAAUGGAAAAGACACUGCCUUUACGAUUUACAUGGGAAGCAGCUGCAUCCGGUUUAUUUUUGCGUACAAAAUUAGUUUUUGUAUUAGAGCAAUAUAAAAACGAUCCAGUAAGACGAUGCCCUAAUCAUAUAGCAUCAACCAAUUAUAUUAAUCAAUCAAUGGAUCCGGAAAGAAUUAAACAUGUAGUCCAUUGUGUUAAUCAUGCCGCGAGUAUUUACGAAGAACAAAAUGAACAUCUUUCUAUCUUAACACCGCUUUGUACACCCGAACCUGGGUCGCAAUAUUUUCCAAUGUGUUUCAAGUUUUUUUGCAAAAAUAGUUGUACAUCCGGUAUGAAUCGUAGAGAUACUGAGCUAGAAUUCACUUUAGAAGAUAAAAGAAACAAAGUUUUAGCUCGGCAAACAUUGGGAAUUAAAAUAUGUAGUUGUCCCAAACGCGACAAACAAAAAAGCGAGACAGAUCUGGAACGAUCAAUAUCUGUCAAACGAGAGAUGUUAACAUCGGGGAAAAAGCUACCGUCUUAUGACACGCACGUUUAUAAAGUCGAAUUAAAUAUCGUCGGCAAAGAAAAUUAUUUAUCAGUUUAUAAAUAUGCAUAUGAUAUUAUGGCUGGUCAAGCAGCGAGAACUGGUCAGCAUGAAUGUUUUAAACCAUAUAUGGAUGAAAUAUCACGCAAAGUGCCUUUAAACCAUUGAUAAUUCCAAGUUUCAAAUCCCGUUUUU